CAAUGCAUUGCGGACCGACGUAAGAACUCUCGAUACUCGAAUUGGGGAUCUUGAGCACCACGUAUCAGAUCUGGAGGACCGUGUCGAUCACUGUCUAGAUCCGAGGACUCCAGAAGCAAGUCUAGCGAAUGCAUCAGACGACUCGUCACCGCACAACAGAUUUUCACAGUCGCGGAUCUGCCCCGGCAGGCUGAGAUAGAGCGGCCGAUUCGAUGCGGUGAAGUUGGAAGUAGCCCAUAUAUGAGCACUCCGAUAGUUGCAAACACAGCUCACCCGUCCAGCUGGAUCUAUUCCUCCCAGGAGGGAGCACCAGUCCAUCCAGCGAACCAGGAUACUUCAGUCACUGCUCACCAUGAGACGACUUCGCAGCUGGGAACGAACGCCUCUCCAGGCGUAGCUUUCAGAGACAAGGAGAUAAAUGAUCUUGAAGAACUUGUGAGAAGCUCCCAAGAAAGUCUCAAACGCAGCGAAGAGCUGUCCGCACGUAAUGCCAUUCAAGUUCGUGAUCUCUUGAAUGGAAACGCAAGCUUGCAAAGACAGAUUUCCCAUCGUGACGCAGCUUUAACUGUCUGCUCGAACCGCCUGAGCGCGAAGCAGACUCAGCUUGAAGAAGUCCAGGCAGAUUGCCACACCAAGGACGCAAAGCUACACUCAUGGGCCUCCAAGCAUGAAGCUCUCAAGCAAGGCUAUUUUCAGCAACAAGACGAGCUGGCAGCCCUCAAGAGGCGACUACAGCAAGUGUAUAGCAUGCAAGUGACCAGGCAACAGGAGACUGAAGAGCUUGUUAGCUUGAAAGAUGAUAAUCUUUUUCGGCUACGUGGUUUAUGCGAGUCCAAGCACGAAGUCCUAGUCAAGCAAGAAGAAGUCAUUGCGCGAGGCGUCACGCUCAUGCAAGAUAAGGACCAUGAAAUGGAACAAUUAAGGCUUGAGUUUCGUGCUCUCAAAGACGAUUUCGAUUCAGCAGCCCGUGAAAGGGAUCGCUACGCACGACUAUUUGAGGAGAGUGGCGAAGUUAUCGCACAGCUACGAGUCUCUUUGAGCAAUGCGCUCGCUUCCGAUACGCCCAGCUCCGCUGCUGGCAAUACUGCGGAGCGUCCUGAAGUUCAGAUGGAUACCCGUUCUCCAUUCUCGAGAUCUGCAUCCGGCUCGCACGAUUCACCCACGAUGUCGUGGACACCGAGACCGCUGAAGUACGGCUCCCUUCCAGAUGAGAAGAAGCGUGCGGAAAUAUGGGAGUCUGGAUCGAUAGAAUCCCCGUGCACAUUCGGGAGAGCAGGGUGGCAGAACAACUUGCGUGGCACUGCGCGUGGUAACAACACACGAUCCGCCCGGGGCUUCGUAGCAGAACAGAAGCGGAAGGCAGAGGACAAGCCUGGAAAGCGAGCACAGCCUCGCUCCUCACACGAUGUGCUAACCACGCAGACGGCCAGCUCAAUCGAGGCGUUGCCGCCAUUGCCGCCAAGAAGAUGCGCAUUUCUUAGUGACGAGGGCUAUCACAACAGUGACGAAACAGGUGGACGUUUAGCUGCCAAAGAUGGCACUAUGCAAGAGCCAUCUAGACGCGAGCUGCAGCCGUAUGUAGAGGCGGGAGAAGAGGAUGGCUGGAUUGGUUCUCACGGGCAGCCUAAUACGUGAAAAUCGAAAAGCCCGAUGCAUAAUGGUCCGAAUGCUAGCGAUGAUUCAAUUCCUUUGCGUCUAUUACGAUCGGGCUGCAAUAAGCGGGACGAGAUAAGAGGCACUUCUGCUCACCGCUCAUGUGAC